CUUGAACGCUGCCAAAUUGUCUUCAUCACUUAUGCGUUUGAAAAUGGAAGGGAAAAGAGAUUUCAAUUCAUCAUCUAUCAUCGACCUAAAAGCUGAAUUAUUCAGAAAACAGGAGGAAUUCAAAAAGCAGCAGCUACAGAAUAAAAAUGCCACCACCAUCAAGGGAAAAACUGUAGAAAAAAAACCAACAAUAUGGAGCAAAAAGAACAAAGGUGUAUUAGAAAGAAAUAGCAAAGAUUUAGAAGAGAAAAUAGAAGAGGCAAAUCAGUAUGAGAAGUCAAGAAAAUGUUUAGAAGCCAAGGCCAAGUUGUAUGAGAAGAUAACCCAGGGAAGUGACAUUCCAGAGGAGGAUGGGAGUCAGGUUUACUUGGUGGACUUCCAGAAGAAAGCCAUUGAUAGGAUUGUGGAAGACAGAGACAAGAGGAGGAAGGAAGAGGAGGAAGAGAGAGAGCGACAAGAGGAAGAACUUCUGAAACACGCCGUAGUUCCUCCACCAGCCAAUGAAGGCGAGGAAUGGGUGGAUUAUGUUGAUGGGUUUGGAAGAUCCCGUCGCUGCAUGAAGAAGGAUCUCCCAGAACUGAUGCAGCAGGACAAAAACAUCCAUAGAAACAACAGUGUGAAGGUUGACAACAGAACAGCUGAGAUGGUGUCCAAUGAUAUGUACAAAGAAAUGCUUCGACAGAAAUGGGAGGAGGAAGAGUUAGCGGCCAUGAAUCAGCCAAUCCACUACUCUAAUGUCCAGUAUGAUGAAAUCAGAAGCCAUGGUGUUGGGUUUUAUCAGUUUGCCAAAGAUGAGGAGUCAAGAAAGGAACAGCUGGACACACUCAAAGAUAUGAGGGAAAAGACUAAAGAUGAGAGGGAUCGUAAAGAAAAAGUCAAGGAAAAAAGAAAAGCCAUUAUGGAAGCCAGACUGGCCAAAGUCAAACAGAGGAAAAUGAAAAGGGAAGGCAUUACAGAGCUUCCUGGAGAAAAAGAAAAUGAUGAAGAUGACAUAGGACCCAAACUCAGUGAAGCAGCACCUGAAGACAAAAAUGAGGAGAGAGACUCAGUAAAAAAGGAACCAGAACUGCCAACCAGGGACGAAAACAUCAGACGUGCUGGGACUCAGAGGGAGUGGGAUAAAGGCAAGGAAAAACUAUUCCCCAUGUCAAGUGAGCAAAGAUACUUUGAAGACAGAAGAAGUGAAAGAAUUGCUGAAUUUGCACCCCCAUCAAUGUAUAAAGAUAGUGACAAUUCUGUUGGAAAUAGGCUCAAAACAGACAUUGUGGUGUCAGGCCCAGGGCAUUCUAAGACAAAAAUAACCGAAAAACAGAUUGAAGACUUUUUGUCCCAAGAAAAAUUGAAUUCCCAACAAAAUAUGAGUUUGAACUCAGAAGGUGUUUCUCCUAACAAUGCAAUCAAAACCACAGACGAUAAGUUGUGGCCACCUGAACAAGUGCAAGAUAUACCCCUUCCACAGACUAAUCCAAGCUUAUAUCUGCCAAAUACGGGCACUGUGAGUGGACAGACACAGAGUGUACAUCAAACUAUUCCCUUCUACCCACCCCCACAGUUUGCCCCACAGGGGACCUUCGUGGUCCCAACAAAUGUUCCACCACCAGGGUAUAUGUAUGGUCAGCCAGGAGUACCCUCUUUUCAGCAGUGGCCCCAGCAACCUCAGUGUGCAGCUUAUUAUCCGUCUGCUACAACUGUAAGUUAUCCCAGCACAACCAUGUCUUCUGUACUCCAACAAAAUCACAGUACUGAUAUGACUGGAAGUCAGACAAUGAUUAAUAGUGAUGCUACUGUGAAUUCUGACAACUCUACGCAGCAGGUAACAAAACCUGUCAGGUAUAACAUUGUUGAUCCACGUUUGAUUCAGAAUGAAGAAGUUCUGGAAUCCACCCCACAAAAUUUUACACCAAUGUCAGAGAAAAGUGAAGAGUCCAAGAAAUAAAGACGAAGGAAUAAACUCAAAUGUGAUAUUUAGGUUUUAAUGCU